GACUUCCUGGCACGUCACAUGUUGUAGUUACAGAUGGUCCUGUGCUUGAAGUGUCUACCGUACAACCACACAACUGCUCAUCAGAACAGCAAGUCAGUAGGUUUGAUACUUUGAAACACUACGCGCAAAAAUGGCCCAAUGCACGGAACCGUCUACCAGCACCGGGGCGAACGGAGAGCUGAAAAAGCCGAGGAAGGUCGCUGUUAUCACGGGCAUCACUGGACAGGAUGGCUCCUACCUGGCUGAGUUCCUGCUGGAGAAGGGCUAUGAGGUUCAUGGUAUCCUGCGUAGAUCCAGCUCUUUCAACACUGGUCGUAUUGAGCACCUGUACCAGAACCCCCAGACACACACGGAGGGAAAGGAUGGAACUACAGGUGGCCACAUGAAGCUACAUUAUGGGGACCUGACAGACAGCACUUGCCUGGUGAAGAUCAUCAACCAGGUCAAACCUACAGAAAUCUACAACCUGGGAGCCCAGAGCCACGUCAAGAUCUCCUUUGAGCUGGCUGAGUACACAGCUAAUGUGGACGGUGUUGGUACCCUGCGUCUGCUGGACGCUAUAAAGACGUGUGGUCUGACCAACAGUGUUAAGUUCUACCAGGCCUCUACUAGUGAACUCUAUGGGAAGGUCCAGGAGAUCCCUCAGAAAGAGACCACGCCGUUCUACCCCCGCUCACCUUACGGUGCUGCUAAGUUGUAUGCUUAUUGGAUUGUGGUGAACUUCAGGGAGGCCUAUAACCUGUUUGCUGUCAACGGGAUCCUCUUCAACCACGAGAGCCCCAGAAGAGGAGCGAACUUCGUGACGCGUAAGAUCAGUCGUUCUGUGGCGAAGAUUCACCUGGGCCAGCUGGAGAGCUUUAGUCUGGGUAACCUGGACUCCAAGAGAGACUGGGGCCACGCCAAGGACUAUGUAGAGGCUAUGUGGCUGAUGCUUCAGCAGGAGGAGCCAGAGGACCUUGUCAUAGCGACGGGGGAGGUCCAUAGUGUCAGGGAGUUUGUGGAGAAGUCCUUCAAACAUGUGGGCAAGACCAUUGUGUGGGAGGGGAAAGAUGAGAACGAGGUUGGUCGUUGCCAGGAGACAGGGGUGAUUCAUGUGAAGGUGGACUCCAAGUACUACCGUCCUACUGAAGUGGAAUACCUGCAAGGUGAUAGCACCAAGGCACUGACAAAGUUAGGCUGGAAAGCAAAGAUCACUUUUGAGGAACUGGUGAAAGAGAUGGUUGAUGCUGACAUCCAUCUCAUGAAGAAUAACCCUAACGCAUAAAACCACAUCCUGUGGAUCAACCCAAACCUAGGGAAUCAUCUGAGCACUCCUGACCAGAGUGCACUGCGACUCAACAGUCGCACCAUGCGGUGAAAAGAAUAUAAAACUAGUCUGGGUCAUUUUUUUCAUCACUUUGCUGUCCCAAACGAAGUUACUCAGUCGUUUUUUUUUGCCUUAUGCUAUGGUGAGGGAAGAUUAUUCGAUGCCUUUUAAAUAAUGCCAUUCCUUAUUUUUGUUUUUAAUCUUAAUAUAAUUUUUCACGCUGAUCAUGAUUUAGUAGGCUAUAUGGUGAUAGGACUUUUAAUUGUUUUUAUUCGACACUGUCUCUGGGCAAUAUGGGAUUGUAUUGUUGUGUUUGUUUGUUUUAAUCGCCUGGCAUAUAGGUCACAGGUUGCAGUUUGUCCUUUUAGAAAUAAAUUAAGUAUAACUUUAAUUAUUUGUUAUUGUAAGAUGACCAACAAAUAUGUUUUAGAUGUUAUUCAGCAUUUGUGAAAUCUUUUGUAUUCCCAUCUGACAUAUUUAAUUCAGAAUAUAAAAAUUUUGGUACAAUAAAACUUGUUCUUUUGAUACAUUA